AUGAGUUUGAUUUAUUGUUCUCCAACAACAAUAUGCCCUGAUGUAAGUGCUUCCAAUCGUCCGAAUUAUUGCAAGAAAGCAUGUGCAAGAGAUGAUCAAUGCAAGAAAAGCAAUAAAAGAUGUCUUUGCGAUGGUCCUUGUGGCUUGUCAUGCGUCAACCCAUCAACAACUUGUCAUCCAUUAGUUGAUCUACCGAACGGUUUCAUCAGAACACCUGGCGAUUUUUUAUUUGGUUCGAAUGCAGAAUAUGGUUGUAAUGAGGGAUAUGUAUUAGUUGGUCCAUCACAGCGGCGUUGUCAAGCAAAUCGUGAAUGGAGUGGUACUAAACCUGAGUGCAGAUUACUAAAAAAGUGCGGUCCACCACCAGAAAUACCUUAUGCUCAACAUGAUGGCAAUUCGUAUAGCGGUCAGUAUGAACUAGAAACUGAAGUGCAUUACAAUUGCGUACCUGGUUAUCAUCGUUAUAAUAACAAAGGAAUAAUGAUAGCAAAGUGUUUAUUGAAUCGGGAAAAAGUAGCACAGUGGUUUGGUCCCGACAUACGAUGUCAAGCUCGCAGCUGUCCCGAUCCGGGAAAUAUCAUGAAUGGGAUGCGGAAAGGUGAAUUGUACUAUUAUCCACAUACAGUUGAAAUAAUAUGUCUUCCUGGUUAUCAGCUCAUUGGAUCAUCAACGCUUCGUUGCUUGAGCAGCGGACAGUGGAAUGCUCAACUACCUCAGUGCAAACCAACGGAAUGUAAAAGACCGUCGGAUCCAUUGCAUGGCAAAGUACUUGGUAGUUCAUUGACUUAUCAAUCUCGUGUCACCUAUUCAUGCAAAACAGGCUACCGACUUGUUGGCCAGGUGCAGAGGAUAUGUCUUGCCGAAGGUGUUUGGGCCGGUAAUGAACCAACUUGUGAAGAAAUUCGUUGUCCACCAUUACCCCAAUUACACAAUGGAUACAUCGAAGGUGAUGACACCCAUUUUGGAGCAGUUGUUGUGUUCCGUUGCUUAGAAGGAAUGAAUCAUAUUGGGGCACCUUAUGCAAAAUGUGAAGACGAUGCACGAUGGUCACAUCCAAUGCCUAUUUGUUUAAGUGGGUGUCACAUACCUGAAAUAAGCGAUGGGUAUGUUGUUAAUCAUAUGCCUUCACAGCUUGCUUUACACGGAGAAAGAUUGAAAGUAGAGUGUGUGUCAAAACAUGAAAUAGCUGAGGUAGAAGCGACUAUAGUUUGUCGAAAUGGUACUUGGUCACAUAUACCAACUUGCAUACCAGUGCGAUGCAAAUCCUGGCCACCAAGAAUGCCAAAUGCCAAAGUUGUAUUUACAAAAUCGUCGCAUGGAGCAUUUGCGCGAUAUGAAUGCAAUGAGGGCUAUCGGCCAUCAAGCGUACAUAAUACUGUUAAAUGUUUGUAUGGAAAGUGGUCCAGUGAGGAUCAACCAUUUUCUUGUCGACCAGUUCUUUGUGAACAUCCUCUUAAAACGUUUGGGGUCUUGGAAGGUGGACAGAUAAUGCUAGAAGGACAAAUGGGGGCUUACGACUAUGCACAAUAUAUAUCGGAAGUGGAAGAAGGUCGUUCGAUUUUAUUUCAAUGUAAAAAAGGAUUUGUGUUGCUCGGAUCACCAAAAGCAACAUGUGUCAAUGGAAACUGGAUGCCACGGAAGAAACCAAAAUGUGUAUCACAAACUCAUCCAAUGGUGGAAGGACAGAUUGCUUGGAUGCGACGUCGGCGUUCUGUUGACUGUGAACCAAUUUUAGUUGAUUAUAAUCGGAAAAUUAUUGUCACGAAAGGUAAUGACAAUCCAACUGAAAUUAUGGUAAUAUGUUCCGAAGGUUUUCAUUUCGAAAAAGCAAGGGCAGAUGGAAUUGCAUUUUGUAAAAAUGGACGAUGGAUGCCAGAAGUUCCUGAUUGUAUUCCUAAUGAUUGUCGGAUACCGAUACGUAAUCACGUCUUUUUCCUUGGCAUACGGUCAGAGCGAAUCUUGCAAUCAGGUGAUCUUGUGCAGCACGGCAGUGGGGCAAAGAUGGUUUGUUUGCGUGGUUAUGAGCUGCAUGGAAAUGAUAAAUUUGAGUGCAAUAAAGGAGUCUUUAUUCAGCAGAUCGGGUAUUGCAGGCCAAAACACUGUAAGCUGGAAACAGGUGAAGGAAACAGAUACAGCUCUAAUAAGACAGAACUACAUCAUAAUGAAGAAAUUGAUAUGAUAUGUGAAACGAACGUCAUACGGUUAAAAUGUCGCUUUGGUGAAAUACAGCCAAGUUUCGGGUGCACCGGAAAUGAUUCACCAUCUGCAUCAUGUCAUCGUCCCAAUGAUGGUCAGCCGUUUGUUGCAUACCGUACAACAAAUAUCAGUGGUCAUCCGGUUCGCCUAGAUAUGAGCGUACAACAGACCACUUUUCCGAGAAAUACCAUAAUUCAGUAUAUCUGUGUCAACAAUGAAUAUAAAAAUAAAGCUAAUGCCAUCGAAUGUCGAAGUGGUGAAUGGUUCACGCGUCUUCUACCCUGUGUAGAUGCAUCUGCAGCUACAUUUGCUACGCAACCUGACGGAAUGUGCAACAUGCCUAACCUUGCUUCCCCUUACAAAAUUCUUAAUAUCAAAAAUGCUCAUGUUUCAACAAAGUCACGCUUUGCUCGCGGAACUACUUUAAAGAUAGGAUGUGCUGUGGGAUUUUUAAUAGAAGAAGCCAAAACAAUGGAAAUGCAUUGUCGUAAAGGCAAAUGGGUCACUGCUGGUAUGCUGCAUUGCCAUUCAGAUGUACAUUCAUGUGAAUAUCGGAUGAAUGAGAGAUCACAUUUAAUUGCUUUUUCUGCCAAAUAUAGACAACAGAUCACUUUUAAUCAGCGAUUUUCUGAUGGUACGGAGUUAAUUUUCUCAUGUCAACAAUAUGGUAUGCAACAGUUUAUGGGGAACGCUGUUACCACAUGCAAAGGAGGCACAUGGGUACCGAAAAUACCCAAAUGUAUCACAUUGGAUCCAUUUAACGAAAACGAUGGCGCGCCACCAAUAAAGUUGGAAUUAGAACGAAGCUUGCACACCGUAACACCGCGAGGACAUCUUAUAGUGAACAUAUCAGCGACGUUUCGACUUCAGUGUUUAUUUCCUCGAAAAAAAGGGCAACCCAGAUGGGAAGUUUCUACAACAUAUCGUAAGUAUCCACAAUCGUGGGUUGAAAUCGAUUUGUCUGGAAAAUCCGGCACGAAUGCGUACGAAUUGACUGUAACAGCAGCACGUCCUGAAGAUGGAGGAUUUUUCCAUUGUGUUCUUCCAAGUGGACACCGAAAUACUGUCAAAAUCAUUGUGAAGGAUCAGAAAUGUGCAUCAUUUAUAAAUACAACACAUCUACGAAUUUCCUACACAAGCCCUCAUUUAUUUGUUGGAACACUUGCACAAUUUUCAUGUGGGAGUGGUUUUUAUGUUGAAGGGCCACGUUCAUCGACGUGUCUAAGCUCCGGGAAAUGGUCUCGUACCUUACCAAAAUGUCGAGCAUUGCAGUGUCCACCAUUGGUGAUCACAGAUUUCGAAAUGAAAGCGGUUGUUACAACGUUCAGGGCUGGAGGUACUGCGCGCUUUUCUUGUUCAUUAACACAUUUUCUGGAUGGGAAUCGGACAUUACAAUGUCUUCCAAAUGGGGAGUGGUCAGGAAUUGUACCGCAGUGCAAGAGUGUGAAAUGUCAAACACCGAAAGUGCCAAGGAAUGGUGCAAUAGUUGGAGAGCUGAAGAAUGAAUACAAUGUACGGGAAGUGGUUGUAUUUGAAUGUAAACGUGGUUACAUGUUAACUGGUAUCGAUUACAGCGUAUGCCAAGCAAAUGGAAACUGGACUCCUAUCGACGUAAAAUGUAUACCAGUCUGCCCUUUUCCUGGGAAACCUGAACAAGGAGAUAGCACAUCACCAGCUAAACCCUAUCAUCUCGUUGGAGAAAAAGUGGUGUACUACUGUACUUCUCCAGAAUACCGUCUAGAUUCCGAAAAUGUACUCGAAUGCAUAUCUUCUGGAAAAUGGAAUCGAAAAGUUCCAAAAUGUGUGUCUGUCGAAAAAAAAACUUGA